CGGGCCUCUGGUAUCCUAAAGAAUCUGGUUUUGACCUAGUGGGGUACACAGAUGCUGAUUUUGCGGGUUGCAAACUGGACAGAAAAGGUACAUCCGGCGGUGCUCAAUUUCUUGGUGAAAAGUUGGUGUGCUGGUCUUCUAAAAAGCAGAAUUGUGUGUCCACUUCUACAACUGAGGCAGAAUAUGUCACGGCUGCUAGUUGCUAUUCACAAAUACUUUGCAUGAGGACCCAGCAGAAAGAUUACGGGUUCACAUUCUCACACAUCCCGAUCUAUAGCGACUCUCAAAGUGCAAUUGCCAUCACGUGGCAUCCUGUCCAUCACUCACGGACGAAGCAUGUUGACCUCAGAUAUCAUUUCAUCAAGCAUCACGUUGAGAAGGGAACCGUGGACAUGUACUCUGUGUCCACGGAAUUGCAACUGCCUGACAUAUUCACAAAGGCCCUGGAUGAGAAUUCACAAGGGGGGGAUUUUUUUCAAAGUCAUGCAUGAAUUGAGGGGGAGCUCAUAUAUAUUUAU